CGGCUGUUUGAUGAUUAAAACGAAAAUGGUGGUCAUAUUUUAUUUCCUACUCUUGCUCAGAGACAGACGUGUCAUAAAUGGUUACAAUUUGGAGACAAAAACUAUUCAAGUGGGUGAAAACGUGACCCUGACAUGUCCUCGCCUGCCAACCAGUCAAUCCCAAAAUUUGUUUUGGGUCAAAUUUUCUUCCGGAAACUGGCCUGAAUCUCUUGGACAAACAAUAACUGUUGAUUAUGAAAGGGUUCUCCAAAUUCGUCAUUUUACAUCAAAACAAGAGAAAGGAACAUUUGUUCUGCAUAUAAAAGAAGCUCAGCAUAAUGACACUGGCCUUUACUAUUGCAUCAAAGUUGAAUCAUUAAAGCUGAUAUUUGAGUAUGGAAUUCUUCUGAAGACUGAAGGCCAAGAACCAGAUCUCACUACUGUAAUUCAGGAGCCUCUACUUUACCCUGUCUUUCCAGGAGACCUGGUGACUCUAAGCUGUUCGGUUUUCUCUGACUGUGAGAGCAGAAAAUGCAAAACUGAUCACAGGGUGUACUGGUUCAAAACUGGACCAGAUGAGUCUCAUCCCAGUUUAAUUUACAUUGAUGGAAAAAGUGGAAAUGAAUGUCUGGAUCCUAAAAUGUGUGUCUACAGUUUCUCCAAAGACAUUACAGUCUCUGAUGCUGGGACUUACUACUGUGCUGUGGCCACGCAUGAAGGGUUAUUUUUCGGAAAUGGAACAUUUUUGGAUGUUCAAGAACAAUUCAGUUUUUGGAAGUCUAAAAUACUUCUGCUGUUGUGCGUGGCUGUGGGUGGAUGUCUAGUUGUCAUUAUGUGCCUCAUUUACACCUUGAUGAAGAAAGCUUCACAUUCUUGCAGUGAUGCCGUGAGGGAAUGUGGUACUCAGCAGAAAGAACAGAGCGAUGCACACUGUAUGGUUUAUUCUGCCCCAGCGUUCACCAAGACCAAUGUUGGAAAAGCGGAAAGACGGAAAAUAAAAGCAACACAUGAGGAGACAAUCUACACACGUGUCAGGAAUUGAGGGAUUCAGUAAUGCCUCAUUAAAUUAGCCAAGUAAUGCUAGUCAUUGUUUUUGUGAACACUCGGAAAAAUGACGAGUGUAUCCAGUUCAGAGGAUUUUUUUUACACCAUUCAAACUAGCUAUCCUUAUAUAGAAUAUUGUAUAUAUUUUCACAGUUUAUUCAUUGCGCAUUAUGUUUUUAUGCAAUGUUGACUCUUCCAAUGGCUAUUAUGCUAUGAAUUCUUUAAUGUUAAAAUUUAAAAGUAAAGAUUAGAUUACAAUAUAGCAGCGAGCAGCAUAACCAAAAAUCUGAGCUUAUUUUGUAGCCUGCAAUAAAUCUUCAAAGGUAUGUUUUGAAAUAUGUUUUAUAGUUAUAUAUUUUGCUUUUUAUGUUGUUUGCAUUGAUUUUUUUUCUGCUGAUCUGAAGUUCUUAAUCACUAAUUUCACUUAUAAAAGAUAGUCUACAUGUAAUUCAGACUGAAAUAUUGCCAUUUUUGAAUGAUUAAGAUUUUGUGACCACUUUCUCAGUGACCCAAGAGAGUGCACUUAUUUUUAAAAGAUCAACGCAUUGCUAUUGAUAUUUUUGUUUGGUUUUGUGAAAAACGCAUGUAUAU